UUGCCAGGGAUAAAGAGAGACAGCUACGCAAAAUCAUGUUCAGACCUGACGGACCUUCUUCCCUUCAAGAGCAAAAAGUCUUGCCUGUUCCUCCAGCAUGGCCUGGUCCACAGCAACGCUCGCUCAAGGCUGCUUUGGGAAAGUCUACCGGCAAAAAUACAACGAUACCUGGGCUGCAGUGAAGAAAGUCCCCCAACAUCUCAUCGAUCGGAAAGAUCUGGAGAGAGAAUGUGAAGUUUACAACAAAGCAGAACAUCCCAACAUAGUGAAGCUUCUGGGCAACAUAACGCUCUCUGAUGGUAAAUGGAUUAUUCCACUGGAGUUUAUAUUUGGAGAGGAUUUGGAGACAACUAUCUUCCAGGCAACAAAAUCCAGAAUACAGUUGACUCCAUCAAUUAGAGCCACUAUCGUUAGUGGUAUGUGUGAAGGGUUGAUGCACCUCCACCUAAAUGACAUCGUCCAUCAAGAUCUCAAACCUGAAAACAUCAUGGUGGAACACAACACAAACAGAGCAGUCAUCAUCGACCUGGGACUGGCGAAGUUUUUCAGACAUGGCUUAAAUUCGGCUAUAGACAUGGGGAACGAGGCAUACUCAGCUCCGGAGGUUUUACGGUGGCGAAGGCAGCGAAGUCAGCGUUCAGAUGUCUGGGCCAUGGGGAAGAUCAUCGCUGAGCUCUACGCCCGGGUCCGGCUCCACACGCCCGCCGUCUGUCCUGCUAAAAUCAAGGAGUUGAUGCAAGGUCAGCCCUACUGUGACAUCGUGUGCAAGAUGGUGGAACCGGAACCCGAACUGAGGGCCGCCAUGGUUGGCAUCAUAGACGAAAUUCGAGUAACUGGAAGAACACUGAUAGAAAGCAGUACGCCGCCUAAAAAAGACCUCCUAAAGCCAACGUCACAUGAUCCCGCCGCCAGACCCAGACCCAGAUCUGCAUCACCAAUGAGAAUGAGGGGAAAUCAGUUACCAGGAAAAAGAGAUACUAAAGACGCAGAUAUAUUGAAAUGGGAGCGGACACCCAGACCAGAAAUCAAACCUCUGCCUGCCCAAAUUGGACUGCAUAAGUCUCCCGUCAGACAGCUGGUAGAGAACAGAAACAGACAAGCGGCUGCAGGCAGGGCGGACGUCACAGCCGAGUUCAGGAAGCUGAAGUUAAACUACAAAGCCCCAAGGGACAUUCCCAAAAACUUACCACAAACAGGGAAGGUGAAGGUCCAGCGCGUUGAAAGGAGAAAUGGGAAAAUUGAAACGUGGGAGCAGACUGUCGUGACUCAGGAUGGAAAGAUUAUAAAAUAUGAUGAUAUUAUGAUUAGCAGCACAUAAGUUAUUUAGGGUUGAAACUCUUAUGAAUCGAUUAUUGAGAUAAUCAUUACAGUUGAUUUAAAGGUCAUCCCUUCCAGUUGUUUGGAACAUUUACUAAUCAUUUGUAUUUAAGAUAAAAAAAACAUUAUUUGUCUGUAAAUAUGCUCAACCCAGAACUUUAUAAGAGGCAGUUUUAGCUUCACCUGGCUAAAAUGUAGUAAAAAACAAAAAAUAAAAACAUAAAAAAAUUUCCAUUAAGCAUUGUUUGCUACAAUGUUUAAUUGUAGCUUUUGAUUAUUAAUCAGUUAAUCAAAAGAAAGUCUUUAGAUCAGUUCUGCACUGUUUUGAUCUGAAGUCGAGCAGAAAGACCUCAGAUUUUCACAUUAAUGCCAGAAAUAUCUUUUUAGCUGCGUUUGCAUCCUUUGCUAGAAAUGAUUGAAUAUUCACUAUAAAUGCUAUCUGAAUCUUAGGCAACAAAUUAUGUUCUUAUUUAUAAAGAAACUGAGUUGCUUAUUUGUAUUUUCUAAUGCAUUUCCAAUCUUAUUUAAAACAAACUUAAACAGUUAAAUGGAAAAUCUGCAGAAUGCGUACAUUUCUUUAGCAGAUUAAUCAUUAAAAUUAUCAAUAGAAUAAUUGAUUACUAAAAUAAUCAUUAGUUGCAGACCUAAAUAUCUUUAGGACAAUCUGUAUCUUUAAGGACGAUUGACUUAAAAAAAAAAAAAGAACUUUUAAGAAAACAUGCAAGUGAAGCUUUUCGGUUAAAUAUUUCUCAGAAACAAGAAUGUAACAUGUGAGGGGAAAAUGUUUACAAUAUCUGCAGCUUUUUUAUGAUGCAAUGAUGGUUUAUUGACAUAAAACGAGGAAAUUGUUGAAGAGGAUGAAACGCACCUGCAUAGUUCGGCCAUUCAGUCUGCGUAAGCCUCCACAGGAAAGAAAAAAAAUCAACCAAAAUAUGACACACUGAAUUUUUUUUCUGAGUGUGUCAGUAAGAAUCUGUAAGUUUUAUUUUUAUUUUCUAUGGUUGUGGGUUUUUUCAUUUUACCUGUAGUACAUCUACAUGUGUGACCUUUGUCUCUUUUGUGUUUUAUUUAUCGUCUCUCAUUUAAAACUUGUUCUACAUGUUAGUUUUUUCCAUUUUUCUUACUUGGCAUUUUUUUAUUCAUUUUAUUUGUAGAUGAUUCACCUUUUAUGAAUAAAUGCAGUUUCGCUUUGA